CUUCACUAUUCAAUUACAUCCCUCAAAUAGCCUCUCCAUAUCCAUUAUGUACCUUUUCCUUCCUUGCCAUGCCUUGUCUCAGCCCCAAAGCCUUCCAGGCACUGUCAGCCAGCCGCAAUGGCUCCCGCGCACCUCCGACUCGUGCUGGCAGCCCUCCUACUAUUCAUUCUAACCUCCCUGCUCGCCCCGUUUGUUUGCAAUCUUUACCUACUGCUUCGAUUACCCUUUGUGUGGAAAGCCUCAUCCGCCGAUGCUAUCAUCACUGAACAGAAUGAUGGAUUCGAUUUGACCUUUUCCGACUACAACAGCACAUACUCCGUCGCCGAAACUGGGUUGCCUGUUCCAGUCCCCGCAAGGCUGCACCACGUCCAAUUGGGCACACAGACCCCACGGGCAGAAUGGCAGGAUGCUCGCGAUGAGUGUCUCAAGCAACAUCCGGACUGGGAGACGUUUCUGUGGACGGACGAAAACGCUAGCCGCUUCGUGCAGAAUCACUAUCCACACUUUCUCCUCACCUGGGAAAGUUACCCGCACCUUGUCCAGCGCGUGGAUGCAUUGCGAUACAUGAUCCUGCACAAGUAUGGGGGUGCCGUGUUGGAUUAUGAUCUGGCAUGUAAACGGUCGUUGGAACCUCUGCGUCGAUUCGAGUUCGUCGCGCCGGCGGCCAACCCCGUUGGUAUCUCCAUUGGCAUGAUGCUCGCGGCACCGAACAAUACCUACGUGGGUGACCUGGUGCGGAAUCUGCCAACCUUCAAUCGAAGAUGGUCGUUAUUGCCUUACAUCACAGUUAUGUUCAGCACGGGAUGUCAUUAUGCCUCAACCAUCUACACCAUGCAGCGCGAUACCUCUACCCUCCGCGUCCUAACUGGUCCCCCCGAGAACCCACGAAUGCAUAUGCUCAACGGUGUGGUCAAUACCCCGCUCUUUCGGCAUUUGGGCAGUUCCUCCUGGCACGAGAAAGACGCAAAAUUCAUCAAGGCGUUUGCGAAUAUGGAUCAACGGGUGGCGUUUGGAAUGGUCCUGGUCGCCUUGGCAGGAGGAUGCUGGGCUGUGAGCCUAUGUGUGUCUCGGGGCCGGACAUGGCACCAGAAAGACGCAUUGUCACAGGAGAUAGAGUUGUUGCAGAAAGCACAUGAUUCUUGAAUACUUGUAAUUUCUAGCUAGAUAUUUUGCUCACGGUUUUACGUUUGGAUACCAUAUUGGAGACAAAUAGUUUUGCUUAAUGAAAGAAUAU